AUGAUAGUUCAUCAAGAGGAUAGAAUCAAACGUACAAGAGAUACGAAUGAAGUGGAAAUAAAACAAGAAAAUGAAACUUAUCAAACGAUUCAAGCAUAUUUUUUACUUUUAAUCAUUUCGAUCAUGUGUUAUCAAAGUUUUAUCAAUGGUAAUUUGGAAUAUGAUAUUGUGGAAAACGGUGAAACUCUUUAUGGCUCUUCACCUUAUCAAAAAAGAAAUGGAACAUUUGUCAGAUUGACCUUGGGAUAUCCCUUUAAUCGCGUUAUCAUUUACACUGUUACGUCUAUUAUGCUUCUUUAUUCUCUUAUCUCGAAAAAUCCAGAAUGGAGUUUUCCAAUGAUAGUUUUGUAUCUGCUUGAUUUGGUAUGUGAUGUCAGUUAUUCUAUUCUUGCCAUUUAUCUAUUCUUUCAAAAAUUUCACCUAUCAACGGCUAGUAUUUACACGAUUGUUACUUUAUUAAUGAUCGCUGGAGAAAUCUGGGCGUGGUUGGGUGUUCUUCAACUUUAUGAAUAUAGAACGUACAAGUAAAAGGAA